AUAGCAGACGAAAAAGAAAAGAAUUUUUUGUUUAAAGGGGGGAAGAGUAAGAAAAUUCUUGGUGGGGGAUUUUUAUUUAAAUUUUUCUGAAAAAGAGAAGUAAGGGUUAGAAAAAUCCAUUUUUGGCGUGUUUCAUCAGAAUUUUUACAUAUUCGGACAAGCCAAAAGUUCUCGCGCCACCAACACGAGGUCAUGUGAAAACUGAUUCAACAUGACGUCUGCUGGUUAUUCGGGCUGCUGCUUGUGCUUGUUACCAUUUCAGCGUGAUGAAUGAGAAUACUCGCGUCUUGAUUACCCAAGUGGAAAACGUGCUCAGUCUCUCUUGUUGUUGUUGUUUUGGUGCUUGACUGUGACUUUCUGAUUGCUUCACAAGCUCAAAAAAGGUCUUCUAUUCUUGUGUGAUAAAUCUGUCAUCCCUGCGGCUUUGUCUGAAUUCAUUCAGUGAAACCUCUCUGGCCCCUCAGCCGGCUGUGCAGAAGAAACACAAGCCUUUAUUAACAUUCUUGAACCCGUGACUCUGCAGGUGUGUUGCAAUCAGGGGAUUAUUGCGCUUGAUGAAAGAAGAUGGAUUUCGAAAGCCUCUUCACCCAGAUCUGUCACGACCUGGAAAAGAGUGGUGAUGUCAAGGAAAUCUCCACUCGCUUCUCCACUUGCUCAACUGAUGCUCAGCGAAUCUCCUUUGUCUUGGCCCUUGACUCAGUCAGAGCUCGUUUUCAAGAGCCUCUGAGCCUGGCCAAGCGGGCAAUCUCCACACCUUGCAAAUCUCAGCAACUCUCCACUAGUCACCGAGUUGAAGGCAACAACUACUACCAGAAGAAGCUCAACUGGAAAGCCAUCAGCUCUUACAAUCGCAGUCUCCUCGUUGGCGAAGGUGAAGCCCUAGCACUGGCCUACGCCAAUCGUUCGGCCGUGUUCCACGACACGUCAGACUGGCUCCAUUCGUUAAGAGACAUUCAGCUGGCCUUUGACCACGGCUAUCCCAAGCAUCUCGAGUACAAGUUGCGUGAGCGGCAAGGUAAUUGCUGGCUGCAACUGGGACACGUCCGUCAAGCAUUCAUCAGCUUCAAUCUGGCCAGGAAUUUGCUGCUCGUAACGACGACAAAUGCCCAGCAGUCUCACAAGGACAAACUCAUUAGCAUCAACUCGAAGAUAGUCAAACUGGGCGACGACGCCAACCCAACGAUUGGGGUCAGCGAAUCAAACGAAUCGGCGGCGGCGUCCAUCGAACGACAAAUCAUUAAGAAGCGGAGGACUGCGCCCGACUUGAACCGGGACAGCAACGCUCUAUUGCCGGCCGCUUCCACGUCAAUCGAACUAACGGAUUCUGACGAUCGGGGUCGUUGCCUCGUCGCCACUGAAGACAUUCAAAUAGGGACGACGGUCAUCGUGGAAAAGGCCCUGGCUUCGAUACUGCUGGAGGAAUUCAAAGAAUCCCACUGCCAUCAUUGCCUACACUGGACGCCUGGACCCGUACCAUGUCACCAAUGCUCUCAGGUGGGAUUCUGCAGCACGGUGUGCCGUGAUGAAGCCUGGGCCAGUUACCAUCAAUCCGAGUGCGGAUUGACCGACUCUCUUCAUGGGACCAACGUUGGCCAUCACGGAUUAUUAGCCGUGCGGACGGUUCUCAAAGUGGGCAGACAGAGGAUUAUGGACGCCAGUGAAGACGAUGGAUGUAAUCCUGCCGGAGGGGAGGUGUACGAAUCGACCGAUUACGGACGCACCAUCCAUCGCCUUGUUGGCAACACGGCUCGACGCUCCGUUUCGGAUCUCUUCCGGAGAGCUGUCAUGGCUGUUUAUUUAACGUGUUUGAUCCAGCAGAAGCAGCAGCGUGACGGGAAAGGAGAUGAUCCGGAUGAAAUAUUGGCGGCAGCUGUGCUCCAGCUCAUUCAGAGUUACCCCUGCAACGCCCAUGAAAUCUCUCAUCUGGCCUUUCCUCUUCCCGGAACGCCUUCCGGCCCGGAUCUCCCUUCAACACUGCAGCAGAUUAGACUUUGCGAAAUUGGCGCUGCUGCCAUGCCCAUCUUGAGUCUCAUCAAUCACUCGUGCGAUCCCAACGUUGUCCGCGAUUGCUACGGAGACGUCAUCGCCGUCAGAGCCAUCCGGCGGAUCGCCCGUGGGGAUGAAAUCCUCGACAACUACGGCUACCAUUACGCCACCCACGACAAGAAGGAGCGCCAAUUGAAACUGAGCCAGCAGUAUUACUUCCGGUGCAAUUGCCUCGCCUGCACCCAAGACUGGCCCCGCUACGAAGACGCUCCCAAACUGAUCAAUCGUCCGGAAUUGUAUCAUCCCAUCCACCGGGAUAUCGGCAACUUCUCGUCACUCUCGUCCGGCUCCUGUUACCCGGACGGACCUCCGCAUCUGGAAGAGUCGACUCGAUUGUUCAUCGGCUAUUUGGAGGCCAUGGACUCUGAUGCGUCCAUCCAUCUUCCCGUCCAAGAGUACAGCAUGGCGCAAGAAGUUUUGAAGCAUUGCUGGGCUCUAUCGGCCACUUUAAGUCCCCAUCUGGCCGUUGAUGUUUGACCCGACUUGAUUGUUGAUUCGAUAUGGACGUCAUCACUCACUUUUGCCUUGGCUCCGUUUUCCCUUGUGUGUGUGUCGUUUUGGUUAUUUUCUCUCUACUGGAGAAGAUUCUCUUUUGCCACCAACGCUUACAACAACAAUGUAAUGCUUAGCAUUUAUCAGAUGGUUCCGUUUCUGGAAUAAACGGCCUCGAUGCUAUGACUGGAA